CUUUAAAUCUUUCUGAAACUUUCUCUCUCAUCACUUCAUCGGUUCCUCAAGAUCGAGAGAGAGAAAGAGAGAGGGAGGAGAGAAAGAAAAAAAGAAAUACUAGAAAAGAGAAGCUAGCUAGCCGGCCACCCCCAAGGCCCCAACUCUCUUCUCCCCACCAAUUCUCAAUUUCCCCUCCUCAAAUCCGCCCGCAUUUCCGACCCCCGCAGAUCUGGGAUCCGCCGCGGCCGGAUCCGCCGCCGCCCGCGACGCCUCGAGAUUCGCGUGAUCCCGCCACCAAGCCGCCAAGUUGGCGCCGCAGCGGAGGUCGCAGCGCCUCGCCGGCGGCGGCGCGGGCUCCGCCGCCGCCUCGGCGCAGCCGCCAGGGGGCGCCGGUCAAGCCGCGAUGGGGGACUCGGAAGACGCCGUCAUGGCGCGGUGGCUGCAGUCCGCGGGGCUGCAGCACCUCGCGGCGUCCUCCGCCGCCUCCGCCGGCGGCGGCGACUACCGUGGCGGCAUGGCCGGACUUGGGGGCGCAGGCGCGGGAGGCAUGCUGCCGAGCCUGCUCAUGCAGGGCUAUGGGCCACAAUCCAUUGAAGAAAAACAAAGGCUUUAUACGCUGCUAAGAAGCCUGAAUUUUAACGGAGAGUCUGCACCUGCAUCAAUCUCUGAGCCCUACACACCAACCGCUCAGAGCUUUGUUGGUGGGAACUCUGUAGAGGGGUUUUAUUCACCUGAGCUUAGAGGUGAACUUGGAGCUGGCCUUCUGGACCUUCAUGCUAUGGAUGACACUGAGCUUUUGUCCGAGGAUGUAGUAUCAGAGCCAUUUGAGCCUUCGCCAUUUAUGCCGAAGGAAAUUGAUGAUGAUGAGGAUGAUGUGAUAUCAGGGAGCCAGCAUGUCCCAGCAGAUAAUUAUGGUGUGGUGACCAGUGAAAAGGAGAGCACCACCAGAGAAAAUAAUGUGGCAAAGAUUAAAGUAGUGGUAAGAAAGAGACCUCUGAACAGAAAGGAGCUAUCUCGAAAGGAAGAAGACAUCAUAAGCGUGCAUGAUUCAUCAUCUUUGACAGUUUAUGAGCCUAAGCUAAAGGUGGACUUGACAGCUUACGUGGAGAAGCAUGAAUUUUUUUUUGAUGCUGUCCUGGAUGAGCAGGUUUCUAAUGAUGAGGUGUACCGUGAGACAGUUGAGCCCAUAAUUCCAAUUAUAUUUCAGAGAACGAAAGCAACAUGUUUUGCUUAUGGCCAAACAGGCAGUGGCAAGACAUAUACGAUGCAACCUUUGCCUCUGAGAGCUGCGCAAGAAAUGGUUCGUCUUUUGCAUCAACCUGUCUAUCGGAAUCAAAAUUUCAAGUUGUGGCUUAGCUACUUUGAGAUAUAUGGUGGGAAGCUCUUUGAUCUUCUAUCUGACAGAAGGCAACUACUAAUGAGGGAAGAUGGCAAAAAACAAGUUUGCAUUGUUGGUCUACAGGAAUUUGAGGUUUCGGAUGUCCAGAUUGUCAAGGAAUAUAUUGAAAGAGGAAAUACAGCGAGGAGCACAGGAUCUACAGGGGCCAAUGAAGAAUCAUCUAGGUCGCAUGCUAUUCUGCAACUGGCUGUGAAGAAGCACAUCAUAGUAACUGAUAGCAGGAGACACAGAGAUCGCGAUGCGAAUGAAUCUAAAAAUACAAAGGCUGUGGGUAAAAUAUCAUUUAUUGAUCUUGCUGGAAGUGAGCGUGGUGCCGAUACAACGGACAAUGAUAGGCAAACAAGGAUUGAGGGAGCGGAGAUAAAUAAGAGUCUGCUAGCUCUCAAGGAAUGCAUUCGAGCUCUUGACAAUGAUCAGAUACACAUUCCUUUCAGAGGAAGCAAGCUUACUGAGGUUCUUCGUGACUCGUUUGUUGGUAACUCUAGGACGGUGAUGAUUUCUUGCAUUUCUCCAAAUGCAGGUUCAUGUGAACACACACUAAAUACCUUGAGAUAUGCUGAUAGGGUCAAAAGUCUUUCGAAGGGUGGAAACACAAGAAAAGAGCAAUCCACAGGACCAACUACAGCUUCUAGCAGGGAGUCUUCAUCAGCUCCAUCAUAUCCUUUAUCCGCUGAAACUGAAGAAAUCCCUAACCAGAUUCAAGAAAAGAGACCGGUUGAUACUUAUAGGAAGGGCGUUGAAAAUUUUACCUCCAACUCUUCUGUGGAGCCUGAUAGAAAUUCCUUUAGUGAGAUUCCAAGUUAUUCUAAUAGAGGGAGAGAAGACAAUGGUGCAGCAUCUGGUUUCAAUGACAGAGAGAGGUUCGAUUUGAAGUCCAGCCAAACUGCUUACACUAGUAAAGCACAGUUGGUUCAGAAUUCAGCAAACACACAAGAAGAGGAGAAAGUCACAAAAGUCUCGCCUCCUCGGAGAAAGGCUUAUAGAGAAGACAAAUCUGACAGGCAAAGUAAUUACACAAAAAAGGAUAAUGGGCCUGAGAUAGGUCGGGCUGGGUAUAAGGUGCAGCAGGCGAAGCAGCUGCAACAGCAGCAAAGGCCACCAUCUGCUUCAGCUUCACAGGCUUCAUCAAGGCAAUCUGAAAAGGAAAGUUCUUGUGAUGAUGUGGAAAUCGACGCAAUUCUUGAGGAAGAGGAGGCCCUCAUAGCAGCUCACAGGAAGGAAAUCGAGAAUACUAUGGAGAUCGUGCGGGAAGAGAUGAACCUUUUGGCAGAAGUUGACCAACCAGGUAGCCUUAUUGACAAUUACGUGACACAACUGAGCUUUCUGCUGUCGCACAGCUGCGGGCUUGGUCAGCCUCCAAGCACGCCUGGCACGGUUCCAGCAUCGCCUCAAAGAGCAGGAGAUCCUUAGCCGUAAGAAAUCAUCCAGAUAGUUUCAUCAUCAGUGGCUUUGGCCCUUUGCCUGUUCUUUUGAUUGAGCUCAACCGUGGUCUGUUAGAGGUUUUCCUCUUGUGCGUUCCUGUAAUGUUGGAUGAAAGCAAGGUGCUGAAAGAAGACACAAGAGUAGCCUCGGGGCAGGGUGUGAUACCGGGUUGGUAUCAUCUGGACACUUGGUUUGUCUAAUGGUCCUUUUUAUGGUGGGGCUGCUUGGGCGUGUUUUUUUGGCAGAUGCAUGGCUUGCCCUCUUUGCCUUUUUUCCUUCUUUUGUAUGAGGAGAAGAAAUGACUUUGUUUGCAGAUAUCAGUGGGUUUAUUUUCACGGUGGCACUUUUAUGAACAUAGAUACAAUGUUGUAUAUUCAUUACUGAUAUUAUUUGCAUUGAGAAAGGAAAAGGGUGUGUGUAUGGUGAAGGACUUGGAAUUAUUUGACCCCCAAUUGAGUCAGUUUACAUGAAUGAUUCGUAUGA